AGUUUAUAAAAUACGGUUAAAUAUUUCUGUAAACAUUAUUUUUUCUCUAUAUCGAAUAUGUCGUGAAAAAAAGGUUGAAAACAUGGACCAUCUUACCCCAACUUACUUUACAAUACUAUUUUCACUUUCAGUACGUGGUAAGGUGACUGUCAAAAAUAUUGGGCCGAAGAUAAAAAAAAACUUAGGAAAUCCCCAUAUAGGGUGUAUAGGGUCAACUCUAGGUGCUCUGGGUGCUACAACUGUGGCGACAGUUCAUGGUACUCUUUAUUAGUGAUACGGGGGGUUUACCACUAAAGUGAUUUGAAGCGGAACUCGACACGAAACAGCCGAUUAGUUCCUGAUUAAGCACAAGGUGAAAGCAGUCAAACGGAGAUUAGUAUUCAGAAGCAAUUACAAUCCACAAAUCGGAAUAUACGACUUUUCCGAAUAUAUGAGUUUUGCAAAGAAGAAAAUGUCAGACUUGAUAAUUGUGGCAGUUCUUUUUUUAAUCGUAAACACGAUUGGUAGCGAGGGAUGUUGGAGCAAUGAAGAAAUAGAAAGCCUCAUUGGAAGAGGGUUCGAAAAUACAGAAUGCGAGACAUUCUUAAAUCAAGACGUUACGUCGUUGCCUGCUUCAUGUGCACGUAAUUCAACAACAAUAAGGAUCGUUAUGUGUUGUAUGAAGGUUCUAAUAACAGCCGAGCUGUCGUAUUACAAGGAACUAACGCAUUUGGACCUAAGUUACAACUUCAUCAGCUCACUUCCGCAUGGUGUGUUUGAUUAUAAUAAGAAGCUGGCCAAUCUUUCUAUCAGAGGAAACAACAUUACAAAUCUAAACCCAAGAACCUUUCAAGGCUUAAAAGCACUGAAGAGAAUUGACUUGUCGGGAAACUCCAUCAAGUCUUUACCGCAAGGGACGUUUGAUGGCUGCACGCAGCUGCAGGAGCUUAAUUUAAGCCAUAACCAGAUUUCUGUAUUCGAGGGAAGCUUUUUGAGUUUAAAAAGCCUUAGAUUGGGCCACAAUAGGAUCAUAAGAUUCGCGGUACAAACGGAAACACUUGAGACGUUAGACUUAUCAAGUAACCAAAUCCAGGAAUGGCAAAACGGAGAAUACCGUAAUUUAAAGAGUUUAGCAUUAUGCAACAACUCAAUCAAGACUGUAAGCCAAUCCACAUUUCAUGGGAUGAGAAAUUUGGUUUCACUUGAUCUUGGGGACAAUGUUAUAAAUGAACUGGAAGAAGAAACGUUUGAAAAACUAUGCAAGUUAGAACUAUUGGACUUGAGUGGCAACAAACUAACAAUACCAAAGCGCAAGUGGUUUACAAACGUUGUGAGGAACAACGAUAUUGCGGCAACUCGUCCGUUACUGAAGGGAAACGAAUGGGAAUGCACGGUGAACUCAAGGCCGUUUAAGGCAUUUUUAAACGCUUUAAAACUUGACGGUGACAGAUGUACUUGGUUGGAACGAUUACGUGUUGACUGCGUUGGAACAAAUAAAGGGUUUCAACUAAAAGAUAUAGAGUGGGGGGCGCCGUCUAGCGAGAAUGAAAACGAAGAAACUGAACCAUUGGAUCAAGAAUGUCAAGUUGAAACGAUACCUUUGACCAAAACAUGCAGCAUCUUAACCUUUGAAUGCAUUGGGUUUGGUGUAAUGGUUGCUACGGUAACAAUAGUUUGCUUACUGGGUGUCAUUUGGUUAUGGCAAUGUAAGCGGAGGAAAAAAUAUGAGAAACCGGAACCCAUAUACGAUUUACCUUCUGACGAAUAUCAGUUGGGGUCUAGGGUUAUACGGGAACCUGGGUAUUGUACAAUAUACACGGAAAAUAACAAUCGUAUAUAGUCGUGGAACGAUCGCUAUUGUACCACUUCUGUAUAUCAGCACUUAUGUUUUGACAAACAUAAUGAUACACGCGUACAAGGUGAUUAGGAACACAGACAAAUGUAACGUAAUACCUAUGUACGUACGUAUGUUUUGACAUGGGCACAUAUCCCUUUCAUGACGGUACAGCUCCAAGAGCAAACCGAUGUUGAAACUGUUUCUAGAGUACUGUGAUGUUUAAUAUGCUUUAAUACCACUGACAGAAUAACCUUAUUAUACGAAUAGAGUUCACUCUUCAUAUUAAUAAUCUAUGCAAAUGUAAAACAUGCACUUUUGUCUCAUACGACUUUUAAAGCAUUUUUAAGAAAAUGUCUUUCUAUACAAUUUGUUUCUAUAUAGUGGGGUGGGGAAAGAUGGGACACCUUUUAAUUCUAUUUACUAGUCCCCGUUGGUAGUAAACA